AUGGAAUAUAUAUUUCUGAUUAUCUCACUGUUCAGUACAGCCCAGUUAACUGGAGCUCAGUUUAAUGGAUUCAACUGUGACGCCAACCUUCACAGCCGCUUUCCUGCGGAGAGAGAUAUCAGUGUGUACUGUGGAGUUCAGACCAUCACACUCAAGGUCAACUUUUGCCCUGUCCUCUUCUCUGGCUACACGGAUGCUGACUUGGCUCUCAACGGUCGGCAUGGAGACGCACACUGUCGAGGAUUUAUUAAUAACAACACUUUUCCUACUGUUGUAAUCUUUAGUAUCAGCUUGGCAACACUGGAGUCUUGUGGAAAUUUGCUGGUGGUCUCCACAGCUCAUGGACCCAAUGCUUAUGGGAACCAGUCUCUGGUGCAGAUUGGAAACAUAUCAGGCUACAUUGACACACCUGACCCACCUACCAUCAUCAGCUACCUGCCAGGCCUCCUGUACAGGUUCAGCUGCAGUUACCCUCUGGAAUAUCUGGUCAACAACACUCAGCUGGCUUCGUCAGCAGCUGCUAUCUCAGUGAAGGAGAGCAACGGCACCUUCAUCAGCACCUUGAAUAUGCUGCUGUACAACGACUCAUCAUACGUUCAGCAGCUGUCCAUUCCAAUGGCAGGACUGACACUGAAGACACGGGUGUUUGCAGCGGUUAGAGCCUCUAACCUGGACAGGAGGUGGAACGUUCUGAUGGACUACUGCUACACCACGCCCUCUGGAAACCCUAAUGAUGAUCUUCGCUACGAUCUUUUCUUCAGCUGUGAGAAAGACCCCCAGACGACUGUCUUUGAGAACGGGAAAAGCCAAAUGGGCCGUUUUGCCUUUGAAGUGUUCCGGUUCAUAAAGCACAAGAACCAGAAGAUGUCCACUGUCUUCCUGCACUGUGUGACCAAGCUGUGCCGAGCAGAUGACUGUCCCAUGCUCAUGCCGAUCUGUGGCAGCAGAAAAAGAAGAGAGAUCUCUGAAGGAAAAGACCCAAGCACAUUGUCUGGAAAUGCUGUUCUCACUGCUGGGCCAAUCAUUACUCGAAGUGAGGAAACACCAACCAACAAUUCUCAACUGGGUAAGCUCUAA